UAAAACAAGUAAACCUGGCCUUUUUUAUUAAGUUAAUAAAUUCAUAUUCACAAGCCAAGGAAUAUAAGUGUCAGGUAUAUCUUGAUAGUUUGAUAUGUCAUGAAUUGUCUUUGUUCAAGGAAAUGUAAAAGACGCAUAAUUCAAGCUAGGAUUUUUGGUCUUCACGUUAAUACAUUCAUUCAAAAACUGGGUUUUCUUACAGUAAACAUAUCUCAUAUAUAUCGUACAGGUUUGAUAUCUCAUGGAUUGUCUUUGUUCGAGGAAAUUCGGGAUUUAACUUUCUUCUCGGUUUAAAAUGAAGCCUUAUAAGAUAACGGAAGGAAAUAACAGGAGUAUGGAUACAAAUGGUUUUGCAACGCCAAAUGGAAGAAAACCAAGUCACUUUGAUAAAGAGAUUAUAAGUAACAAUAAUAAUGACUCGAAAAUUGACAAAUUCGCAAAUAUUCUUAAUGACUUAUUUCGGGAAAAUAAACAACGAUUCAAAACAGUGAGAAAUAUUUUCCUCUUGGUCCUUUACCUCGCUUACUAUGGCUAUGCGAUGUAUUGCAACUUUGGAGAUGAGCCUUCUAUCCGUCUGACAGUGUUCACAGUAUUCGGACUUUUGUGCAUAAGCUGGAAGCAACUGAGAAAUUUCGAAUGUUUCAGGACGGCAUGGAAAUCAUUUUGUAGAAAGGUGUACGCACUCUAUUCAGUUGGCAGACGACCGAAAAUUAUCCAGUGGGGUCUGUACUUUGUCUGGAGUGCUCUAUUUCUAGUUUAUGUCAUAGUAAAUGUCGCUUUGAAAGACUCGAGGAAUUUGAUUCCGCUUGUUGGCAUUGCUGUAUUCAUACUUCUUAUGGUCCUACUUUCCAACAAUCGCAGAAGAAUAAACUGGCACUGUGUAUUCUAUGGUACAAUUCUGCAAUGCCUGUUUGGACUUUUCGUAUUGAAAACUACAGCAGGCACGACAACUCUGAUGUGGUUCUCAGAUCGAUUGAUAGAGUUCAUAAGCUAUUCGGAUGUGGGUUCUUCGUUUGUUUUUGGGCAGAAAUAUUUGGAUCAUGUAUUUGCAAUGCAGAUACAAUGUAAUUUUCCGUAUAAUAUUCUGUAAAACAUACUUCACACCCUGAUGUAGUGGUUAAGACUGCUUAUCCUACGUUGAGUCGUAUUGAUAUGGCCUUGUAUUGAAACAACAUAUAUUUAAAUAUAUGGCCUGGUAUGAAACACCAUUUAGUUAGAAAGAAUGACUGAUUAUCUACCUGCCUUUUGCCUGGCACAAUGUGAUUCGGAAAACGUAUGCAAUGAUAAGGUUAACGUAAGUCAACAUGAAUGGCCCUUUCAAGCACUUCAGUUCAGUAAUAGACAAGAUUGUAAACUUGCUAAAUAAUGUGUCAUAUCCGGCCACUGUUGUUAACUUUGUAACUAUUUUUUCCGCAGCUGCUGAAGUGCAGUGACUCAGUUGCAUCCCGUAAGAAAAUUUUUAGCGUCUGUAGCGAAUUCCUCGGAACUAGCAGGACGUUUUGGUAUCAUUUGGAUGAGGUUAUAGAUAUAUUGCGAAUAAAUUCAUUACUGAAUAGCAAAGUUUCUGCCGCCACGAGAUAGCUAGGUAGCAAUCACGAUAAUAUUGUAAACUUUCGAAGAAAUUUUUGCAUUUUUCUGAAAACAUUUCAGCAAAACAUAAUAUUUUCUAGAUAUUUCAUUUGUUUCCUGAAAAUAUUUUAGCGCAAACUUUCGCGUUGGUGCUUGAAACUUCCACGAGAUACUUAGUAGGUAUCACGAUAAUAUUCUGAACUUUCUGAUAACAAAAUCGUGUGUCGAGAUUUAUAACAUUGUCUAUUAUCAGAUGACAUUGAUAUGUUACAUAAUUGUGUGAAAUUUACAUCAGUGAUAUACCCCAUCAAAAAUUACGCUGUCUGUAAAUUCUAAUAUCUAUUCAUUCUUAUGUAACAGUAGACAAUUGGAAAUACAUGUAUUGCAAAUAAAAUCUAAUCAUUAUCGAAACGCAUUAGCAUAUGAUAAAAACACAAUAUCAAAUUAAAAUUCUCAUCUGAUUCACUUGGAUGUUAUGUUAGUGUAUAUUUGACAUCUUGGACAUGAAAAUGUGUGCCCUGCUUCUGAUAAUUCACUAUGAUUCAGUUUAUAAAUCCUACCAGGACUGAACUGUUUUGAUAUUUGUCUUCUGGCCUGUUUCGUUGGGCCCUUAAGGGUGUUUCUCUUGUUGCUCUGUCUUCUGAAAAGGCAUUGAGUACAUACGUUUUUGGUUCUUAAGGUUUGCUUUUUAUAUAUUUAUACACGAGCAUUUUUGUGUUUUACAUGCCAUGCCUUUUUGUUUCCAUUACAUGUGUAAGAGAUUCACCUGGAGGGGAUUACUUUUAUUUACACUGUCCCGUGUCUUUGGAACAUGGUGGGGGUAAGAGUGAGGUUGGGUGCGCACCAAAAACCGGUUUAAGCUCCCCAGUGGUGUUUUUGCCAUUGACCGUUCCAAGGCGGUGCCCCACUGUGCUCCUUUGUUUGUUCGUUUUGUCCUGAUGUGUUGGCUUUGUGUGUGUGUGUGUGUGUGUGUGUGUGUGUGUGUGUGUGUGUGUGUGUGUGUGUGUUGCUUUGUUUGUUCGUUUUGUCCUAAUGUGUUGGCUGUGUGUGUGUGUGUGUGUGUGUGGUGCACGCGUCUGCGUGGUGUGGGUUUCGUUUUGAGAAGGCUGCGUUUUUGGUGCGUGGCAUUCCCUGUUUGAUAUUUGUCUUUGUUUUUUUUUACAUAGAACAAUGAGUUCUUGAAAUAUCAAAAUGUGGCGCACUACUGAAACUUUGAUAUAAGCGUUCAGUGAUCGUUCUGGCUGUCUUCUGAAUAAACGUUCGAAGGUAAUGUGUCCAUACUUAUCUUAACCGCAGACAACCACUGACAACUAUGUCUUAUGAUGUGUACAUAGCCAUAUUAACACCUCCAGCUACAGCAAAACCUUUAAAACAUGUGCUGCUUGAUUUUGUUUGCAGCUGUUGAAGUAUUUCACUUCAACGCAUGUGUUAUGUUAAAUUAUUAAUUGUC